UGUUCAUUAAUAUUUCUGGCUUGCCCCAUCGUCAUGGCUCGGUCUAUGGAACCACUGGUGGUUGGUAGAGUGAUCGGAGAUGUAGUUGACAUGUUCAAUCCACUCACCCAAUUUACAGUUCAUUAUGGGACAAAACAAGUUGCCAAUGGCUGUAAUAUCAAGCCCUCCGUUGCUGCUGAUAAGCCCCAUGUUCGAAUUCUUGCUCCUUGUCUGUCUUCCAAUCUCUAUACGCUUGUUAUGGUGGAUCCUGAUGCUCCAAGUCCAAGUGAACCCAAAUAUAGGGAGUGGCUUCAUUGGAUUGUUGUAGAUAUCCCAGAAGGAUCAGACGCAACAAAAGGAAAAGAGUUGGUUCCCUACAUGGGACCUCAGCCACCAACUGGUAUUCACCGCUAUGUGUUCGUGCUCUUUAAGCAGAACGGUCCAAUGGUGGAGGGAACUCGGCCACCAGAUGCCCGUAGUAAUUUCAGCACCCGCCGAUUCGCUGUGGAAAAUGGACUUGGACCCCCAGUUGCCGCAGUGUAUUUUAAUUCACAGAAGGAAGUUGCAGUUAGAAAACGGUGAAUGUCUAACAUAGAAUAUUUUCGAUAUAUAUGCAUGGAUAUUGUAUAAGUGAAAUAUGCUUAGCAACAUUAAUUGAUAGAAUGAAGAAGAAGUUGUGGGUGAUAUGGAUCUUAUGUUAAUGCAUGGUGGGUUAAAUUUGUUG